CGCAGGAGAGAGAGGGAGGCAGGAGACACUGCCGCCACGGCGACCACACUCCAUCCGACACCUUGACAACUGCAGCGAGCGCAGGCUGACCGUCACCGUGCCAACACCGCGGCGACGAUCGGGGGAUGAGCAACAGAUCAGCGGAGGAGGAAAAAAAGACAGAAGAGCGAGGGAGAGCUGGAGGAUCUGUGCUGCCUUUCUGUGCUUCGCCUGCCUGCUCCUUCAGUCUGGCGGCGCUACCGUGGAGGUGAGAGGAGAGAGGAGAGACCGCGCUGCUACGUGGAGAUGCCGCGGGUUCGGGCGGGAGCCGGCCCCACCACCCUGCGUCGGAGUGUGUGUGCGUGUGCUUCUCUGGAGCCAUGAGGAUCUCCUGAGACCUCCGACGGCAGGCAGACGGACCCAACAGAACCGACACCAGAACACAGAAUGUAGAGACGCGUGUCAGUCACCCCACUGCACAGAUGAAUCCCAUGGCACAGCUGUACUACAAGAAGGUGAGCUACUCGCCGUACCGCGACCGCAUCCCGCUGCAGAUCGUGCGGGCGGAGGCGGAGCUGUCGGCGGAGGAGAAGGCGUACCUGACGGCGGUGGAGAAGGGCGACUACGCUGGAGUCAAGCAUGCCUUGCAGGAGGCCGAGAUCUACUACAACAUCAAUGUGAACUGCAUGGACCCGCUGGGCCGCAGUGCGCUGCUCAUCGCCAUCGAGAACGAGAACCUGGAGGUGAUGGAGCUGCUGCUGAACCACGGCGUGCACGUGGGCGACGCCCUGCUCUACGCCAUCCGCAAGGAGGUGGUGGGAGCUGUGGAGCUGCUUCUCUCACACCGCCGCCCUAGUGGAGAGAAGCAGGUGCCAUCCCUGAUGAUGGACAGUCAGUUUUCGGAGUUCACCCCUGACAUCACCCCCAUCAUGCUGGCCGCCCACACUAAUAACUAUGAGAUCAUCAAGCUGCUGGUGCAGCGCAAGGUGACGAUUCCGCGGCCGCACCAGAUCCGCUGCGACUGCGUGGAGUGCGUGUCCAGCUCCGAGGUGGACAGUCUGCGCCACUCCCGCUCACGCCUCAACAUCUACAAGACGCUGGCCAGCCCCUCGCUCAUUGCGCUGUCCAGCGAGGACCCCAUACUCACCUCCUUCCGGCUGGGCUGGGAGCUGAAGGAGCUCAGCAAGGUGGAGAACGAGUUCAAGCAGGAGUACGAGGAGCUGUCGCAGCAGUGCAAGCGCUUCGCCAAGGACCUGCUGGACCAGGCGCGCAGCUCUCGCGAGCUGGAGAUCAUCCUCAAUCACCGCGACGACCAGAGUGAGGAGCUGGACCCGCGCGAGUGCCACGACCUCGCCAAGCUCAAGCUCGCCAUCAAGUACCACCAGAAAGAGUUUGUGGCCCAGCCGAACUGCCAGCAGCUGCUAGCCACGCUGUGGUACGACGGCUUCCCCGGCUGGCGGAGGCGGCACUGGGUGGUGAAGCUGGUCACCUGCUUCAUCAUCGGCCUGCUGUUCCCUGUCUUCUCCGUCAUCUACCUGCUGGCGCCCAAGAGCUCGUUGGGCCUCUUCAUCAAGAAGCCCUUCAUCAAGUUCAUCUGCCACACGGCAUCAUACCUGACCUUCCUCUUCCUGCUGCUGCUGGCCUCCCAGCACAUCGUGCGCACCAACCUGCACAUGCAGGGCCCGCCCCCCACCGUGGUGGAGUGGAUGAUCCUGCCCUGGGUGCUGGGCUUCAUCUGGGCGGAGAUUAAGGAGAUGUGGGACGGCGGGUUCACAGAAUACGUCCAUGACUGGUGGAACCUGAUGGACUUCGCCAUGAACUCCCUCUACCUGGCCACCAUCUCGCUCAAAAUAGUGGCCUACAUCAAGUACAACAGUUCGCGGCCGCGGGAGGAGUGGGAGAUGUGGCACCCGACGCUGAUCGCCGAGGCGCUCUUCGCCAUCGCUAACAUCUUCAGCUCCCUGCGGCUCAUCUCCCUGUUCACCGCCAACUCGCACCUGGGGCCGCUGCAGAUCUCCCUCGGCCGCAUGCUGCUUGACAUCCUCAAGUUCCUCUUCAUCUACUGCCUGGUGCUGCUGGCGUUCGCCAACGGCCUCAACCAGCUCUACUUCUACUACGAGACGGAGGCCGCCGACGAGCCUAACCACUGCAAGGGCAUCCGCUGUGAGAAGCAGAACAACGCCUUCUCCACGUUGUUCGAGACUCUUCAGUCGCUGUUCUGGUCAGUGUUCGGCCUGCUGAACCUGUACGUCACCAACGUGAAGGCGCGGCACGAGUUCACCGAGUUUGUAGGAGCCACCAUGUUCGGCACCUACAACGUCAUCAGCCUGGUGGUCCUGCUGAACAUGCUCAUCGCCAUGAUGAACAACUCCUACCAGCUCAUAGCUGACCACGCGGACAUAGAGUGGAAAUUCGCCCGGACCAAGCUGUGGAUGAGCUACUUCGACGAGGGCGGGACGCUGCCCCCCCCCUUCAACAUUGUGCCAAGUCCCAAAUCCGUGUGGUACCUGUGCGUGUGGGUGCACAACCGGCUCUUCCGAAGGGGACCCCCCAGGAGUGACGACCAGCGGAAACACGAGAACUUCAAGGAAUUCACGGAACGGCAUGCUGAUAACCUCAUCCAGAACCAGCAUUACCAGGAAGUGAUCAGGAACCUGGUGAAGAGGUACGUGGCAGCCAUGAUCCGAAGUGCAAAGACAGACGAGGGUCUGACUGAGGAGAACUUUAAGGAGCUGAAGCAGGAUAUCUCCAGCUUCCGCUAUGAGGUGCUGGACCUGCUGGGAAACAGGAAGCCGCCGCGUCGGACCUAUUCCUCCAGCAGCGAGGCCACCCUGAAAGACGAGCCCAACGAGGACGAGGAGAGCGGGGCAGGACGGGGUCUGGGCCGCGGCCCUGCCAGGGAGGGGGCGGGGGAUGGGGGCAACCCCAAAUCUGUGUCCUUCAGCCUGUCCUCAGCCGAGAGGCGGAGCCGGGACGCGGACUUCAGCGUCUCUGCUCUCUUCAAGUCCAUGUCAGGGAUGGAUAUCUCCACAGAGGAAAAACCAAAGAGCAACGGGCUGAAGACCUCCUCUUCAUCCUCCUCCUCUUCCUCCUUCGUGCGUAACGGCAGUCGGCUGCAGCGGCUGUCUGGCUCUAAGAAGGACUCCUUCAAGCGUCUGGGGCUGCUGUUCAGCCGCAUGAACGGCUACCUGCCCGACUCCCCGGCCCCGCCCACCCCCCCGGCCCCGCCCACCCCCCCAGCCCUGCCUGCCUACAGCAUCUCCGCUGGCCUACUGCGCUCGCAGGGCACCUGGCAGGACCAGCAGGUGACACGCAGUGAGAUGCACCUGAACCAGCUGGGUGUGGGGCAGAGCGAGCAGCUCCAGGCUCCGGCCCGGGCCAACGGGCCCCCCGCCUGCCCCCCCGGCACCCUGCACUGUGCUUCCAGCUUCACCGCGUCCAGCUCCCGCCUGCUGGACUCCAGCGAGGACGUGUUCCAGGGCUGGGUGGGGCCCUGUGACGUCCUCGGCUCCUCUCACUGGGGGCCGGACCAGGAAGAGUCCAUCACCACGCAGCUGUAGGCGGGGGCGUGGCCAACCGGCACAGCGGUCAGAGCAGCAGAGGAUGAUGACGACGACGAUGACAGCAAUGGUAGUUGUGAUGAUGAUGAUGAUGAUGAUGAUGGUGAUGAUGGUGAUGGUGACGGCGACAGUGAUGAUGAUGAUGGUGGCGGUGGAUAUGCACGUUAUCAGCUCGUCGGCCUGCAUCUGGGCCUGCACCGCAGGCAGGACUCAGAGCUGAGAUCCAGGACAGCAGGAGCUGUCGUAACCCAGGGCUCCUUUACUGAUAGAUAUUAGCUUAGAGGGAAAAAUAAAAUAAAAAGAGCUUAAUUUAUCGCAAUAGUAGUACAUAUUAACAUAUUAACAGCUGCCUCCCAUGUGACACUCACCCCCCCACAUUUUUAACCCUUUCAUCUCCAAGGCCCGGCUCUGUGUCUGUGCUGACAGGUGGCUACCUGCAUGCGUGUGUCUGAGAAGUGACGUCACAGACACCCGGGGGGCGUGUGGCCUGUACCCCCCCGGAGAGGUGACAGCAGGGCAAUUUGCUCCCCAGUUAGAGGAGGGAGUGGGGCAGCUGCAGCCAUAGAGAAGGAGCAGACACAGAGACAGACGAGGCAACACUCACGUCUCAUUUGUGAAAUUCCCAUUUCCUCCCUGUUCUGCUGCAGUGAGUCGAGGGGUCGAUCUGCCCCCUUCCGCCUCCCUCGGUCUGUAACCAGGGCCUCUGUGUGGGAAUGAGGGGACUGUGCUCGUUUCCUCGGGGGGAGGAGUCAGUCAGGGGGAGGGGCCAGUUGUCAGUAGUGACUAGCUGGUGUAGCCAAUGGCGUGAUGCGGUCUGAGAGUGAAGCCCAGUGUAACGGCGGGAAAACAGCUUGCUGACCAAUCAGAGCAGGGCAGCUUUGAACGCCAGCGGGUAACAGAACUGACCCUUUCGCUUAGUGGUGAGAAAGAUGUGCUGUUCUGCCUCAUCACUGUGGGUGUCCUUCCUGGAUGAACAACCUCAACACAAGCAGCAGGUUUUCCUCACUGAUUGAGAAAAAGAACCUUUAGGAAUGUUUCCUAAUAUAGUCUGUUUCUGUUUUUUGUUUGUUGUCGUGUUUCAUUUCAUAAGCCAUUAAAAAAAGUUCUGAUGUUUAAUAAUGUCUCCAUCACAGGUUGAGGAGAGUUUGAAGGUUUUGGGAGAGAUAAAGGAAAUGUUUUUUUUUCUCAAAUUCCUCAAACAGGCAGCACUAUUAAGAUUUGUUUUCCUUUCCCAGCUGGAUCAGUGGAAACAUAUUGCAGGAUUAAGCUUUUUUCUCUUUUUGAAGGUGAAAAGUGUCGGAGUGCCAUGUUUUUAAUCCUGUUUGUUUUGAUCAAUGUGACCAGCAUCUAUAACAAACCGUACAGCAAUGAGGCGCUGCGCUUCCGCUAAACAUUUCUUAAAGCUAUACCAAACAAGCAAAUUUUUCAAAAGUUGCAUUUUUUAUUUGAUAA